AUGCGAAAAUUACCUCAAGUGGUUAGGAAUUCCUUUGUCAAACUUGAACACACUUUGCCUCAAAGCCAAAAGGGACCCUUGAGUUACAUUAGCCACCUUUUGGCAACAAAAGGUUGUUGUUCCAGGAAGGAGGCUAUAGAAUUUAUCAAGAAAGGUUUGGUUUUACUUGACAAUAAAGUUGUAGAAAAGGAUUCGUUGGUUGAUCCCCGUUAUUCUAAUGUUGCAUUAAGUAGAAGAGGGAUAUCUAUACAGGAAAAUAAGUUGUCAAUUUUGUUGCAUAAGCCCGUUGGAUAUUUAUCUGUUCCAGCUGAUAAUAGAGCCGGCAAUAAAUACUCAUUUGACUUACUAACUGCACAAAACAGAUAUUACCAACACAAUUUUCCAGUCAGAUAUAAAAAUUUGGUCCCUAGCAAAUUGAAAAAUCUAAAAUCUGUCUCACAUUUACAAGUAUCUACCAGUGGCUUAUCACUCUUCUCUCAGGAUGGCAGGCUUUCCAACCUUAAAUUAAUUCAUGAAUACAUAUCUACACUUGAAGGAGAAGUGGGUGAGGAAAAUUUGUCAAUAUUACGAACACGUCAGUACAUUGAUGGCGUUCCAGUUCCGCCAUUCGACGUGAAAUUGAUAGAUAGUAAUAGAUUGUCAUUUACAUUAAUCGAUAUACUACCAGGUCAAAUUCUGAAGCUUUGCCAAUUCGCAGGGUUAAGUGUCAAAAGAAUUACAAGAGUUAGACUGGGGAAUAUCUAUUUGGGCAAUUUACCCCCGGGAAAAUGGAGACUCCUCGAACGAUUCGAGCUGUAA